ACUAACGCGGGAAAAUGCAGAGAAAAAUGGCAGCUGCUCGAAGAUUUGACUGGGUCCGGCGGUAUAGUGUUUGUUUUUUUAUUGUUUUAGGCAUAUUUGUGCUCCAAAUAUUUUUGGGGUCGUGGCUGUCACCGUCGGAGCACUCGGACCCAUCAACCUACAAAGAUGGUCAUAGCUCAAUGGGUAAAAGUCCCAUCUACAUGGAGGAAAACGAAAUAUCCUCAAAGAAAUUUAAAGAGAGCGUCGUGGACGAUGAGGACGUCGCCGCCAACAGCAAUCAAGUGAAUAGAGGAGGAGACAAAGAAAAGGUUCCUCCUGAUAAAAUUCAAAUGUCAAAUGCUGCAAGAGUAAAUAGAUCUUUGGACCUUCACCUGGAAGGCAUCGAUUUUGUGCUAGAGUGUGAUGUUAUGGGCAAGGAAGCAGUUUCCGCAAUAAAUAGAGCUCGAACCCAAAAGUGCAAAAAGGAGCUUGUUCAUGUCGCUUGUUUAGCGCAAGAGGGCAAGUUAUACCCUAAGUACUUGAAAAACCAAUGUCCUGCUCAAGACGUACGAAUGGGAAAAUCUUUGGGGUGCUAUCAGGAUGAGAAACAGUUCAGGCUACUCUCGGGAUACUUUUCAAAUCUGAAAAGUACUAAUUCACCUGAGCAAUGCAUAUAUCUGUGCCUUCAAUCUGGUUUCCAAUAUGCAGGAGUGCAAUAUUCAACUGAGUGCUAUUGUGGUAACGAAAAGCCUCCGUCGUCAUCAAGGCUACCCGAUUCCUCUUGCAACAUGCCUUGUCCGGCUGACCCUAAAGAGGACUGUGGAGGCUUUUUUACAAUGGGCAUUUUCCAAACUGGAUUGCCAAAUCUUGAGCUCGAACCAAUCAAGAUGGAACCUGCGGAUCCGAAAGCUCAAAAAGCACGAGUCGUAUAUCUGCUGACUUUGAAUGGAAGGGCAGUGCGCCAAGUAAAGAGACUGAUAAAAGCUUUGUACCACAAAGAUCACUUCUUUUACAUUCAUGUAGAUGCUAGACAAGAUCACAUGUUUCGAGAGUUACUGGAGUUAGAAUCUAAGCUUCCAAACCAGAUUGUAAUUGCAAGGAAAAGACUUGCCACUAUCUGGGGCGGAGCAAGCUUACUAAAAAUUCUCCUUACAAGUAUGAAGGAGCUGCUGGAAUUGCAUAUGAAGUGGCCAUGGGACUACGUCAUUAAUCUUAGUGAAUCAGACUUCCCCUUAAAACACAAUGACAGACUAGUCAAAUUUCUUACUGCAAACAAGGGAAGAAACUUUGUAAAGUCAUUUGGGAAAGAGGUGCAGCGCUUCAUUCAAAAGCAAGGCCUCGACAAGACAUUCCACGAGUGCGAAGCGCACAUGUGGAGAGUUGGUGAUAGAGUCUUGCCGUGGGGCAUUCAGAUGGAUGGCGGCAGUGAUUGGAUUGCCCUCUCGUACCCAUUUACAAAAUAUGUCGCCUCUGGAAGCGAUGAUGAACUUCUGACAGGCCUCAAGACUAUUUUUCAGCAAACGCUACUUCCAGCCGAGUCAUUUUUCCACACUGCUAUAAGAAACUCUGAAUUUUGUGAUACCUAUGUGGACAACAACUUGCACAUCACAAAUUGGAGAAGGAAACUUGGCUGUCGAUGCCAGUACAGACAUGUUGUUGAUUGGUGUGGUUGCAGCCCAAACGACUUCAAACCCUCAGACUGGGCUAGAAUACAAGCCACUGAUGACCGUCAGGUAUUUUUUGCACGAAAGUUUGAGCCUAUCAUCAAUCAGGCUAUCAUCAGACAACUAGAAGAGUGGAUAUUUGGCCCAAUUUCAAACGACUUACCUAGUGUUAAUAGCUAUUGGCAAAGUGUUUACCAUAGCAAAGAUGUAAGUCCAGCUAGUGAUGAUGCUGUCAUUACCGCUGGUCACAGCUUUUCAAGAAUUUCUGCUCACUCUAUAUGCCAAGUGAAAGUUUUAAAGUUGCUAGAAAUCACCUCUUUCAUGCACGAGGAUGUUUUCAUGGGAUUUUUGGUAAAGUAUAAAGCAUUAAAAGAAGAUCCAAGCAGCAGCAGCGAAUUUACCAUCGAGACCCGUUAUAAGCCAAAGACGUUAAGCAAACUCAAUAGCAGAGACUCUUCUUUUGCGUCUCGAAUAGAAAGUUUUGUAGUCAGCUCGGACUUUGAUGCUAAAGAAAUGGUGACUCGCAAUCCAUUAAGAACACUCGGGCCCUUUUCUCAGCCGACCGCCAUACUUCAUCUAUCUGCUGGGCCAGCACUAGAGGGAGGAAUGAAUGCCACUGUAGUCUGGAUUGACCCCAUUGGCUGGGUUGCAGAUGUUACUGAAAUCCAUAUCUUGGAGACAACUCAAAUAUUAAGCUCUAAGUUGACUAUUAAAGCACCUCUGAGACCAGGUGUUUGGUUAGCCAAAAUUGCCACCAAUGGCAAGAUUGCUGCUGAGACUCAAUUUUUGGUGACCCCGCUUGAAUUCAUGUCUGGAAUCGAGAUAUCUACUUAUCAAGCCGAGUAUGUCAACGCUGGACCUAGUGAGCCAUACGUUGUGCAAAAGUUAAGCAUACUAAGCCAAAUAAUUCAACCACCCAACAGCUCAGUUUCUCAAUCACUACUUAGAAAAGCUGCCAUAAACUCAAAAAGGCUGGGAGUUGAUCUGCAAGACUGGAUUGACAGUUUAGUGGAAAGAUUCUACUCCCUGCAAUCGUCUUGCAUAGUUGAGUCAGUUUCUUUAGGAAAAGGAUGUCCAUCUUUGAAGCAGUGCCAUACCAAGUCAUGGAGUUCUUUAUAUCCAGACCCAAAGUCCACAGUUACCGGUGUUAACUCCACAACUGGCAAGCUUAUUUAAAAGCUUUUUCUGGAAACUUAAAUGCAUCAAAAGAUGGGUUUCGUGCUUUAAAAACUGACUGUGAUACUAAUGUUGAGCUUCAUAUUUUUUGUUUUGUGUCUUCAUGAUUAUCUUUGCAUUUUACUAUUUAAAUUAUCCUAUAAUGUAUAAAAAAAUGAGAGAUCUGUCAGAUCUGUAUGUUUCAUGCGUCUAUUAAUUUGCUUGUCAAAUGUGUUCAACGAAUACAGGAUUGUUUUUAAUGGAGCGAAAUCAAGAAAAUCAAAUAGGUCCUGUAAAUUAUGACCUUCAUGCCAUAACACUUUAUACCUGCUAUUGUAUAGCAAUAAUGAAAAACUAUAUCAAAACAAUAAUGAUGCCAUGUGAUUUUUUAACAAUAAAUUAUUAUUGGACAAUUUCGGCUGCAU